AUGGAAUGUUUACGUGUUGAAUUAUUUGACUUACCUGAUGAGAUAUUUUUAAUGAUUUUCAAGAAAUUGGAAAAUGUCGAAAUACUUUAUUCUUUAAUGGAUGUUAACAUGCGAUUCAAUCAGAUUGUAUCUGAUUCCAUUUUCACUACUCAAAUAACAUUAAUGAAACAACGCUCAUCGAUGGAACUUACAUCUUCACUCCCUAAUAUAGUACUCGAUCGAUUUUGUUUACGAAUAUUACCAAAAAUUCAUGACAAUAUUAAAUGGCUCAAACUUGAAACAUUAUCUAUGGAACGUAUUCUUCUUGCUGCUAACAACUAUUCUAAUUUAUGUCAGUUGGAUAUUUUUAUUAUGAAUAAAGAAACUGAUAUGCACUUAUUUACUGGUAAGUUAUUUGAUUGUUAUAACCAUUUUAAUUAUUUAGUCGUGGAUAGACAUUAA